AGACUAGAAGGGUUCUACCCGUUUGAUAAUACAUUCUUUAUUUUUUUCAUCUUCGAAACUCGGAGUAAUAAAACGUGCAAAACGAUAAAGAAUAGUGCACUUGUCCCUUUUUUCAUCAACGAGACACCGCGGUAAUUCCCCGCAGCGCACUUCUCUUCUAAGUCAACCUGGUGAGCGCGCUCGCCCCCGCCCCUCGCCAGAAAGGUUCUCAUACUACAAGAUGUCAACGGCCAGCUUCCGGCCCCCGUCCCGGAGGCGGACGAUGGACCCUCGGCGCGCGGCAGGAGCCGACCACCAAAGCGCCACUCCGGUUGUCGCUGAGCCAGCAACUUCCCCCCCAUUCGCCGCGAAAAUCGAUUUGGGAGGAGUGUCGACCGACGCAGGAGGGCAGUCCAGCUCAACCGAGUCGGUUCCGUCCGCUGGGGAGGAGCACUUGCUGUCCGCAGGGGUACGUUCCAUGGCAGUCGUGGGGCGUGCGGAAGAACCCUCUGGCACGACCGAUGCUGCUGCAAUAUCGUCCACCUCGUCGUCUUCACACAAUAAUAUUAAGCCGCCCUUCGGGCCAGCAUCCUCUUCAACGACGACGACGACGAUGUUCUGCAGCAAGAGCACGACCGCGGCAUCUUCGGUUUUCCAAACGCCGAAGCACAGUGACCAGCAGCUCACCAUCGAGCGAUCGGAGUCAAACGUGUCGCAAGCGUCUUCCAAUACGCUGCACGUGCCCGGAAAUGGUACUGCUGGACCGCCGAGGCACCGCACACGCCCUUCGCAAGAGAGGAGUUCUAACGUGAGCAACUCUACUACGGCGUCGGCGUCCAAAAUUCGCGGCUCUGGAAGUGGCACUAUCAAAUGCAAAAAUGUCUGGGUCUGGAAAGUUGGCAGGUUUGUCAUGCAUAUUUUGCAUAACCCAUGAUGCAUGUAAUCCAUGACCUAGCAUCACAGAUUUUUAAACAGCCUUCUGAUGCGUAUUCCGCAUGAGAAAUGCCCACUCCAUGUAGCACAAACUGCACUCCUCUUGCUGGUCACGCAAUAGAACUUUUUUUACCUUCCAAAGCCAGCAUCACAAGUUGCAACCUUCCAGACCCAGACAUAUUUGCAUUCCAUAGGCACGAGUUGUGCGCCGGACCGCCGCGGGUCCGCCCGGAGGAAAAGUAUCAAAAGGAAAAAUCCCCCCUCCCCAUAUCGAAACAAAGUUUCUGAUGCUGGAUUUGCGUACACAAAUCAGGUCUGUCUUGCUGGAGAGGACUGCAGGCAUAUGACAAGCCUGGAUCGAGAGGCUUGGACGUAGGGGACUAGCAUGACAGAUGUCGGCUCUGUAAGCCCAACAGCAUCGCAAACCGCCGGCAUAAUGCGGCGGACUCUCUGGCUUUGCCUUCUUGCAAGACAGACAGGAUUUGUGACCUCCAAUCUGCAUCGCAAAUUUUCAGACGAAUGCGUUUUCAAUAUGGGGAGGGGGGAUUUUUCCUCUCAAUAAAAAGCAUGAUUGAUUUGGAGCAGAAACUGCAGGAGCCGCUGCUGGGCACGCGGCGCGGCGUGGAAGAAAACGAGGAGUUUCGGGCAGCGGAGGAGAAGCCGCCGCCGAGCCCCGUAAUGUAUCCUGUGUAAAAACGUCUCCACACCAUAGUCAAGAUGGGAAAUCUGCUAGAAAAAUCCACAAGGCUUCGUUGCUGCGCAUGACAAGUGUGGCCUCGUAGUGCAAUCCUGUUCAGCUAGUUCACCAGCAUCACAGACCCGGCAUAUCAUGCUGAUUGGAGCAUGACAAAUCCCGAAACACGACGAAAAAACGCUUCUCAUGGGGCUCCGCAUGAGAAGCAUCCUCAGCAUGCAGAAUUGCAUUACAGCUAUGUUGUGGGGACGUUUUUACAAAUGAUAUCUUGCCGGCCCUGGUCACGCACUCGCUGAAAGCGACCUCCGAAAUGGCCGCGCAGAAGUUUGGGAACACGCUCGGCUACAUUCAGGAGUGCGUGCAGAAAGGCCCGGAAGGCGUGCGGUCACUCACCUUCGUAGGGGGCGUGAUUAUGGUACUAAUUGUCUAUAGGCUUUUCUUGUAGGAACAUCAAACGAACCCAAGUUCGCUCGCAGUCUGAUGUGGACAAGUUGAGUUCUUUCGUGUUUUGCAACUUUGUGGACAUCGGUGGUCAAGUACCACUUCACUGGUAUACUCAACUCUUCUACUCCCCCACUGCUCAACUCAGACCGUUAUCAAAUGCAAAAAUGUCUGGGUCUGGAAGAGUUGGAACUUGUCAUGCUGUUUUUGGACCCUAAAAAAAUUCGUAUUGCAUGACCAGCAAGUGCAAGAGGGGUACAAUUUGUGCUACACGGAUAGGGCAUUUCUCAUGCGGAAGGUGCAUCAGAAGCCCUCUAAAAGUCUGCGACGCUAGGUCAUGCAUUACAGGCAUCACGGGCCAUGAGAAAUAUGCAUGACAAAUCUUGCAUUCUUCCAGACCCAGACAUUUCUACAUUUGAUAGCCGUCUACUACGGGUUCACGCUGCUGA